AUAGCUGAAAUCCACUUUUCUGAACACUUGAGUACCUGACUGUUUCUGCGUGCAGCAACAUUAUGUCAUUGCAUUGGCAAUAGAACGACAAGGUGCCAUGACUGGCAUGUGCCCUACAUACUUCCUCUUGGAGUCUUUGUGCUGCUGUCAGUGAGGCCUGUGUGUGGAGGGAGGGAAUGAGGCAGUUUUGUCAGUGAGUCACUGAACAUUGCAUGAUAAAAAGAAAGAAUUCUUUCAAAAGAAGGAGAAUAACCCACCUCUCUAGAGUUCCUGUCUGUUCUCUGCUGUCUCUGAUCAGUUCUUCACCACCAUGGCAUUCUCUGGGACGUAUGAGCUUGAAAGUCAAGAGAAUUACGAUGAGUUUCUGGAGGCAAUUGGGUUUGCCAAUGCCAAGACUGACUUCAAAGUGAUAACAGAAGUGCUUCAGGAGGGGGACGAUUUUACCUGGUCACAGAUUAUUCCCAACUGGACCUUGACUAACAAAUUCACCAUCGGAAAGGAGUGUGAGCUAGAGAGCAUGCUACGCUCUAAAUUCGUGACAACCGUCACCAUGGAAGGAGGCAAGAUAAUUAUUCCGUUCCCCCAGUAUCAUUUCACUGCUGAGAUCAGUGGGGACAAGCUGAUCAUGCUCUGUACAACCGCCGGGGAGAAGGGUGUGACCAUGAAGAGAAUCAACAAGAGGAUCUGACAUUAAAAAUGUAACGUGUUGAGGCAGAGCUCUUCUAUGUGUGCUGUUACUGGAAACCUUGUUCCCGCUACCUCGUAAACUACCCGUAUUUUACUGUUUCACCUCCAGAAAGAUCUGGAUGACUCAUACCACCUGGAUCACCCUUCCAGUACAUUUCCAGCAACGGUCCCCUGUCCAACUUUAAUAUAAAAAGAGAUACACCAAACAAUCUAUGCAACUUCCUGGUAUUCAAUGUUUGAAGUGUGUCAAUGGAAUCCAUGAACUACCUUCAUGUGAAUAAAGUAAUGUCUUAUUUCUUUGUACCAGCUGAUCAUGUAAAAUAAAAGUAAAAUUAACAUGCAAGAGAA